GAUGACUGCGUGAAAAGGGAGAAGAAAAAAAAACAGCAAAAAACAAAAACAAUCAUGACUCACGUAAAUAAUCCAUCGUUCUUUUAUAAACCAUAAUGGUUUGUUCACCUUGUACGCUGCAAUACAUGACGAGCCUCCCCGAUAAGUGUAAACUGGCUUGAGAGAGAUGUCAUCUCCGGGCAUGGGCACGCCCAGUGACCCCCUUUUGGCCAGUCCAGGAGGGAGGUUAUCCACAGCUCAGGAAGGUCUCUGGAGGACCUCACUCUCCAAAACCUCCAGCUUCCCAAUGUCCACCACCCGGCACCUCAGUCACCGAGCCAACAACUUCCAAAGACAGCCAAAGCGCAGGAAGCUGAUAAGACCGUCCCCACCUCCCCCGCCCAACACGCCCUGUCCCCUGGACCAGCUGGACCUCAGCGAGCUUCCCCCACGGCGCACCUUCCAAGAGUUGCUCUUCAACGGCUGCGUCCUGUUUGGCAUUGAAUUCAGCUACGCCAUGGAAACGGCUUAUGUGACUCCAGUUCUCCUGCAGAUGGGCUUGCCAGAUCAAUUCUACAGCUUGGUUUGGUUCAUUAGCCCCAUUCUGGGGUUCCUCGUUCAGCCUCUGCUCGGAGCAUGGAGUGAUCGUUGUACAUCCAGGUUUGGACGAAGGAGACCUUUCAUUUUUGCCCUGGCUAUAGGGGCUCUCUUUGGUCUGACCCUGGUGCUGAACGGGCGGGACAUUGGAGGCGCGCUGGCUGACACCGCGUCCAAUCACAAGUGGGGAAUUAUCCUGACGGUGUGUGGCGUGGUCCUGAUGGACUUCAGUGCAGAUUCCGCCGACAACCCGAGCCAUGCCUACAUGAUGGAUGUGUGCAGCCCGGAGGACCAGGAUCGGGGACUCAACAUCCAUGCGCUACUCGCAGGACUAGGAGGGGGAUUUGGCUACAUUGUGGGUGGCAUCAACUGGGACCAGACACAAUUUGGAAGGUCGAUGGGAGGUCAACUGCGGGUCAUAUACAUGUUCACGAGUAUAACUUUGGUGUUCGCCACAGCCAUGACUCUAUUGAGUAUCCCCGAACGGCGCCUACCAAAGAACAAAAACGCCAGCAAAGCUCACCUAAAAAGCCCCAGCCUCCCCCUUCCAUUCUCUCCCCCCGUUGCCUCGGCUAUGGGGCUGGAUGAGGAAGACGAGGACGGUCUCUACAGCUACGACUUCCCAAAGUCUCACCCAUACCACUCUGAUUCUCUCGCCCACUCUUGCAGUGCCAAUGCAAGGCUGUGUGCCGGCCUCACUAGCCCCAUAUCGCCCCUGAGCCCCCUCACUCCGAAAUACGGCAGCUUUAUCAGUCGGGACAACUCGCUCACGGGAAUCAAUGACUUUGCCUCGUCAUUAGGAACCUCCUAUAUAGACAGUGUGCUCAUAGACUGCUACACGGGUCAGCAGACACCACAGGCCCCGGCGUCCAGCACCGACGCAGUGGCCCCGCCUCCCGGGGACCCCGCUCCUCCUGACCAGUCCGCGCAGGGGCCAGAGAGCCACCCGCGGAGCCAGGCCGACGCGGCGUCCCAGCCGUCCGGCGCGCCUCAGGGUGCGGACGCGCCGCAGCCCGAGGGAGAAGCACAAUCUCAGGUCACAGCCGCUGGGGCUCCGCCGGGUGCGGGGUCGCGCCGGGACUCCUCCGCUGGCAUCCUGAAGCGACCCCAGAGUCUUGCUCUGAUGGAGGACCCCAUCGCAACCCAGGUCGUCGGGCUGGAGAACGGACGCAGGAGAACAGUGACCUUCAGUCAGCAGGUUGCAAACAUUUUGCUGAACGGGGUGCGCUACGAGAGCGACCUGAGUGAGAACGUGGAGACGGGGGAGUCGCAGUUGUCAAUAAGGCUGCUGUGUGUGGCCAUUUACAGGAUGCCCCCCUCCAUGCGGAGUUUAUGCACUAAUCAUUUCCUGGGCUGGCUGUCUUUUGAAGGCAUGCUGCUUUUCUACACCGACUUCAUGGGGGAGGUCGUGUUCGAAGGAGACCCCAAAGCGCCCCAUGACUCUGAGGCUUACCAGCGGUACAACGCUGGCGUUAGCAUGGGCUGCUGGGGCAUGUGCAUCUAUGCAUUCAGCGCUGCUUUCUACUCAGCCAUAUUGGAGAAACUGGAGGAGCGUUUCUCUCUUCGCACGCUCUAUUUUUUUGCCUACCUGGCGUUUGGUCUGGGAACAGGCCUGGCCACACUAUCCACCAACCUCUACGUGGUACUCUCUCUGUGUGUCACCUACGGGGUGCUCUUCUCCUCCCUAUGCACGCUGCCUUACUCUCUGCUGUGUGAAUACUACCAGAGCCCUCAGUUUUGUGGCACGUCAGAGGAGGGGACCAGACGAGGGAUGGGGGUGGACAUCUCUCUGCUCAGCUGCCAGUAUUUCCUGGCACAAAUCCUGGUCUCAGUGGCGAUGGGACCUCUGACCUCACUGGUGGGUGGGGCCCAGGGAGUGAUGUACUUUUCAAGCCUGAUGUCUUUCGUGGGCUGCGUGUACUCCUCUCUCUGCGUGGUGUACCAGCUGCCCCCCCCCGAGGGUGAGCCCCCCGAUAGCGAGACCCAGCCACUGUUGGUGCACAUUUAGAAAAGUCUCUUAGACACACACACACACACACACAGGAGCAGCCUCAGCGGGCAUGCUCCUGUUGACCUUCACACUGCACACCCUGAUGCGUUUUGUACAGCACAGUUCCAUAGUUUGUUUCACACCAAUCGAUAGCGCUCUUCUCAGAGCUAGACACACACACACACACACAUCAGCCACUCUUAAGAGGUGUGUACAUGAGCAGUGUGUUCAUAUAGUGUGCGCCAUGCAUUCCUUACUUUUGCAAACAGAUGUGUACCCAUUUGAAUGCAGUGUGGGAUGAAUGGAUGAGAGAGUGAGGGACCUCUUUGGGGACAGGGAAGCCUGUUCUUCUGUCUGAUUCUUGAAAUCUUGCAUGAUAUUUUCUCGCUUGUCUGUGUAUAGAAAUGUUGAUCACUACGUACAAGCUAACCACAGCUCUCCCCUUCUUUUUCUUCCUUUUAUCAGUUGCCUAACGUCUGCAUGAGCUGCGAUAUAUAAUCUCUCAAAGCCCUUUCUUUGUUUUGCUCGGUCAUACGGCCGAGGGAAUGUCUACCUGCCUUUUUCUCUGAGUUGGAAUAUUUGCAUCACACCUUAAGCAGGUUUUAUCUGACUAAAAGAACAUACACAUAGUCCAGAUAUUCUAGAAGCUGAACUAAAUCACUGUAACAGUCUUGAGGAGCUUCACGUAGUUCACGUUUUAACAGCGAAUAGAAACAAGACCUCACUCACACGAAAAGCAAUCAUCAUGAGACUUACC